AGUACGAGUAUACGUACUAUAAUAUACUCGAGCAGCUCGCGCGUUUAUUUAAUUAGGGAUAUUUUUUUGCCCACUUUGAGAGUUUUUUUCUCUCUUUUUUCUGUUACGUCGUAUACUAUUUUUUACUCUCUUUUUUCGCCCCUCGCAAGCUCGUAAUUCGUAUAGUAAGUACGUUAUAUAUGUUCGAUUUAUAGUCGGUGCGUCAGCCCGUACCUACGUUAAAUUAGCUACAUAAUCGAGUAAUCGAACCGGUUUACUUUUGGUUUAUUUGAUUGUUUUCCUCUCGACGACGACGACGACGAUUGCGUUCUACAGCGAGAGAGACAAGGCGAAGCUUCCCUUCGUCGUCGAGUUUUCCAAACCGCGAAAACCACACAGUGAGUCGAAAUGAAGGAAAUUUUUCCGUAGUCGCCUUCGCCUAUCAACAGGUGUGCAGAGUGUGGCGUUAUAACGUGCUCUUACCCUGCCCCAUGCCCCUUUCGCACCGCCUCGCGGAUUCCAGCGUGAAUUUAAUGCCUGAUAUGCAUGCGCCGGCGACUCGACUCGCCGUAAUCUGACGUUUUGAGAGAAAAGUAUCGUAUGUAUCUACGAGAAGGCGUGCAUUCUUCUCGCUGACUGACGGUGGUGGCUGGAAGUGGAUAUCUUACGACUUACGACCGACCGAAUACCGACUCGACUCGACUCGUCGCGACCAAAUUUUCUCAACAAGUUAUUACAGAACACUGAUACGACGGACGUGGGGAGAAAAAUUGGCCGAAAAAACCGAGAAAUCCAAGUUGUGGCAUUCGCGAUGUGAGUGAGAGACUUAAAACACGUCGUCGUCGUAGUCAACUUUUCAGUUCAACGUGUAAUUUUCGGCUCGCUUAUCGCGUGUGCUGGUUGUGUGCUUUUUCAACACUGUGUUCCUCUAGUUUUUUUUCCUGUCUUUAUCAGUAUUCGCACGAUAGUUCGACCGGCGUGACGAAGGCUCGUUGAUAUUUUUCCAAGAAAUUUUUUAUCAAAAGUUCGACUUUUUGGAAAAAAUUUUUCCUCCUCGGUUGAAAAUUUUUCGCGAAGAAAUUCUCAAAUUGUGUACGUUGUGGAUUUUCGGGAGUGUUUUUUUCUGCUCUUUUCUGGAUUGGAGCUUUUUUUGGGACCAGGAAUUGUUCGUAGUUGCAGAUAUUCAAUUGUUGUGGAGAGCUGGGAAAUCUGAUCUUGCAGCGAAAACGUCUUAAGAUCGCUCGAUACAGACAUGUUCACGUCGUACCCGUACCGUUGGCCAAUAUCGUUCGUUUGAUCGCUCUUCGCUCAUCGAAAGCCAUCAUCGUUAUCGCACGUAAUGCUAUCGUUCAUCAUAGUACCUGAACCGAUUACCACGUCAUCAUCGUCAUCGUCCAGCUUGACCUUACCGAUCACCGAGUACCAGUUCACAUUACAGUCGCGUUCAUCCAAACGUACUCGUCCCUAUUCGCAUCUCCAUCUUAGUACAUCCGAUUCACGAGUAAGAGUAAAUGUCGAAUUCAACCAAUUCAACGAGUUCAUCGGAAUCAGCAGAUAUCACGAGUGAAAUCGGUCUAGUAUUACAUCACUUCUGCAACGGCGCUAUGAACUCGGAAAACGACACCGUCGUCAUCACCGACCCAAUCGCUCAUUUCAGAGCGUUGAAAGCAAAAUGCAUUCAAGACCUGCUGAAGGAAAUCUUCAAGCAUCACAACAUCACCGAAUCCGAUUACGGCCUGAUUUUCAAUCUGACCGGACGCGAGGCUUCGCAACUUUUACAAGACAAACUGAUGCCAGGCGAGUCGAUCAGCUGUUAUUGUAGCAAUCUACAUACCUUCUCGAUAUGGUAUCAACGAAUUCACGGUUAUAUGAGCUUCUUCGUUUGUAUCGUCGGUGUGAUUUCAAACAUUUUGAAUAUAAUCGUACUCAGUAGACGUGAAAUGUCCGUGUUACCUAUUAAUCGCAUCCUUCGCGGAUUAGCCUUCACCGAUAUCGUACUGAUGGUCGAGUAUAUUCCGUUUAUAUUUUUCUAUUAUUUUCGAGUGUCGCCCGAAGCAGUGCAUUCGUAUUACGGGACGGUGUACAUCUGGUUGCAUGUGAAUUUCACUCAAAUCAUGCACACGAUAUCGAUAUUCAUGACGUUGGCUUUGGCGUUCUGGAGAUACAGCGCUAUUAAGUAUCCUCAACGAAACGUGAGCAUAUCAUCGGACCGUAAAUGCAAUCGUUGCAUAAUGAUCGCGUACCUGCUACCGUUCAUCUUCUGUCUUCCGGCUUACCUGAUAUUCGACGUAACCGAACAUCCUCGAUUCAGCGUCACCGAAAGCGGCGAAAAUCGCACCGAGAAAGAGUACGCUCUGGACUUCAGCGCUCUAGCGUUGAAAAACAACGAGAUGUUUUUCUACCUGUACUUUUGGAUAUACUUUGUGAUCAUCAAGCUGGUACCGUGCGUCAUACUGACCAUAAUCACGUGCUGGCUCAUUCGUACGCUGAGGAUAGCCUCCGAAAGGCGUAACAUGCUGAAACGCAAGAGUUACCUGGCCCCCUCUCAUACCACCAUCACUUCGAACAAUACGGUCGAAAAUAGCGUCAUACAUAAUCACGAGAAUACCUCGCUAUGCCCGAACGAGGUCGUCAGAAAGAAGAAACAUCGCAGGAUCGAUCGCACCACCAAUAUAUUGAUCGCCGUGCUGUCUUUGUUUAUACUUACGGAGCUUCCUCAAGGUAUUCUGGGCCUGCUCAGUGUCGUCUGGGGUAAGAAGUUCUUCAAAACGUGCUACGACUCGUUGGGUGAUCUCAUGGAUAUCUUGGCGUUGUUCAAUGGAGCCGUUAAUUUCAUUUUGUAUUGUACGAUGAGCAAGCAGUUCCGUAAGACGUUCGGGCAGCUGUUUAAACCUACACUGUUGACUAAUCUCAUACAAACGCAAGAAAUCGAAAUGGUUACGACUAAUGUGUGAGAUAGGACAUUCGUCUGAUGCUCGGGUGAAGUAAGUCUGCCGUCUGGGUCGAGUUGAGACCGAGGUGAUUUUCAAUCCGAUUGUCGUGGUUUUGAUGUGGGAGCUGGUGAUGUGCGAAUCAAAGUACAGUUCCUAAGGUCCUAGAGUCUGUCUUGAGAAGCUUGUCUUGUCAAAUUGAGAUUUGUAAAGGAGUAGCUGAUGAGGAUCUGUGCAGAAAAGAUGACUAUAAAAUCUCCUGCUGAUGAUACUGCAUGUAGAAAUAUCAAAGAAAUUGAGGCCUCUAAGUAAUGCUUAAUAUUUGAAAGAUUUUAAGCUUAAUUUUUGGAAAAAUGACUCAAAAAAUCGGUAGAUCAAAAAGGGGUCGAGUUCCUGGAAUAAUUGGAGAAUUUUUGAAAAGUUUUGCUCCGGUUUUGAGAGAUGGGAGGCUAUAGAGGCUUUUCGAUGGAAAGAAGUAGUAUUUUUGAGAGCUACAUACAAAGAAGGGGUAUAAUUUGUGAACUUGAGAUGGUUUUUUUGAAGUUUUGAUUUCAUUUUGAGGGAGGGUGCUGUAGGCCUUCCAUUUGAGAGAAUUUCUCGAGAAAUUCAAUGUUCUCGUAAAAAUGUUUUUUGAGCAUUUUUGGAGAAUUUUAAGCCGAAAAUUGGGUCAUAAUUUUCGGAGUAUUUUUGAAAGUGUCAGGUGACUCAUUUAAAGUGGAGUAGAAUUUUGCUGGUAAUUUGAAUAUUUCGUCGAAAAUGUUUUUCAAGCAUUUUUGACGAAUUUUAGGACCCAAAUUGAGUCGAGAUUUUUUUUUGGGGGGGGGGGGGAUUGAAAAAGGUGUCAUUCGAUCUAUUGAAAAAUGUUUGUUGAAAUUUCAACGAAAAAUCAAAAAUUUCGAUAAAAACUUUUUUCGAGCAGUUUUGAAAUUUUUUGACCCCAAACAUAAGUCUUGAUUUUUAGGAUCUUUGAAAAAAUUGAUUUUGAGGAAAAAUGAAUUUGGGUCAAGAUUUUUGAGAUUUUUGAAAAUACAAUCAUUGCCUGUCAAAAUGGGUUAAAAUUUCGGCAGAAAAUCGAAAAUUUCUAUGAAGACAUUUUUUGAACAGUUUGGAAGCGUUUUGAGCCCAAAAUUGGAUCAUGACUUUGGGGAGUUUUCUGAAAAGGUCUCAUUUCGACCUAUCAAAAGGGUAUGCAUUUUUGCGAUAAAUUCAAGAAUUUCAACUAAAAUAUUUUUGGAGCAUUUUUGAAGAAUUUUGAGCUCAAAUUGGAUUAAAAUUUUACGACAUAUACGACAGAAAAAAAUGUUGAGCAAUUUUUGAAGAAUUUCGACCUCAAUAUGAAGUCUUGAUUUUUGAAAUUUUCAAACAAAUUAAUUUCGAGUAAAAAUUAACUUGAGUCAAGAUUUUUGAGAUUUUUGAAAGCAUCUCAUUACCUGUCAAAAUGGGUUAAAAUUUCGGCUGAAAAUCGAAAAUUUUUAUGAAGACAUUUUUUGAGCGUUUUGAGCCCAAAAUUGGAUCAUGACUUUGGGGAGUUUUCUGAAAAGGUGUCAUUUCAACCUAUCAAAAGCGUAUGCAUUUUUGCGAUAAAUUCAAGUAUAUUUCAACUAAAAUAUUUUUCGAUCUUUGUUGUAGAAUUUUGAGCUCAAACUGGAUUAAAAUUUUACGAAAAUUUCAAACAUAUACGACAGAAAAAAAUGUUGAGCAAUUUUUGAAGAAUUUAAACCUCAAUAAAUGAAGUCUUGAUUUUUGGCAUUUUCAUACAAAUUAAUUUCGAGUAAAAAUUAAAUUGAGUCAAGAUUUUUGACAUUUUUGAAAGUAUCAUUCUACCUGUCAAAAUGGGUUAAAAUUUCGCCAGAAGAUCAAAAAUUUCUAUGAAGACAUUGUUUGAACAGUUUGGAAGCGUUUUGAGCCCAAAAUUGGAUCAUGACUUUGGGGAGUUUUCUGAAAAGGUCUCAUUUCAACCUAUCAAAAGGGUAUGAAUUUUUGCGAUAAAUUCAAGUACAUAUGUAUAUUUCAACUGAAAUAUUUUUCGAUCAUUGUUGUAGAAUUUUGAGCUCAAACUGGAUUCAAAUUUUACGAAAACUUCAAACAUGUACAGCAGAAAAAAAUGUUGAGCAAUUUUUGAAGAAUUUCAACCUCAGUAUAUGAAGUCAUAAUUUUUGGGAUUUUUGAAAAAAGAAGUCAUGCGAUUGUGACCUAUUAAAAUAAGGGAAAAUUUAUGCAGAAAAUUGAAAUUUUUUAUCAAGACUUCUUUUUAAGCAGUUUGAAAGAAUUUUGAGCUCAACAUUUAGGUCACAUGAUUUUUGGUAUUUUUUCAAAAAUGUCGUGUGACCUAUCAAACUGAAUUAAAAUUUUGUGAAAAUUUUGAAAAUUACGACGAAAAAACAAUUUGAGCAUUUUGAAGAAUUUUGACCUGAAUAUCGAACCGUUUUUUUUGGCGGGGGGGGGGGGGGGGGGGAAAAACAAAAAAAAAAAAACAAAAAAAAAUGAUAAUAAUUAAAUAACCGAACGGAAGAUAACAUGCUCAUGCUGAAUGAAAAUAAAACACUUAAUUCUCUAUCAAAAAUAGUGAAAAUGUAGUCGAAUUUAUCAGUUUUAGGAGCAAACAUGCUCAAAACGUGUUCGUGGUUCUUUUACUUGCCUUAAUUUAUGACAAAAUAAUACGAAAAUUCGUUCUUUUUCCAACGAGGAAAUGUACUCGUACAUUUGCAAAAACUGGUUGAUCUUUUCUUCAAUUAUUUACCUCACCUUUGGCGGAUUUUCCAACGCCACAAUUGGAAGAUUCCUGCCAUUCAGUGGACUUUACCCGAUACCUCUCAAAACCCCAGGCCCCAUUAACAUAGAAGUCAGCGAGGUGAAAAAUAUCACAACUUUUCCAGUAAUUCUUUUGGUCAAUGGAUAUGAAAAAGCUUUUCUCAAAAAUACCGGAUAUUCGGCUGAAGUCUUCUUGAAUCAAGCCAAAACAUCGAAUCUCAUAAUUGGAGGGGUAUUGGGUAUAAACUUGUACGUUCUGGAAAAGAUUCGAUUUUAUUGGGCCGGUAGUUUCGACGGAAUUUCCACCAACUCGGUGAAUGGUAAAAAUGGCACACCGUUGGAAGUUUACAUUUAUUAUUACAACGUGAAGUACGGAUCACUUCGUAACGCUUUUAAUUUUCGAAACGGCGUCGUCCAACUCACAUUUCGUAUAUUUGUCAAGGGAUCGAUUCCAAAUCCAGCAUUUACUCCAUUGGUGAAAACUUUCAAAAAAAUCCAGAAAGCCGGCUCAACAACCGAUCUCCUUCUUCUAGAUGCUUUCCAGUUCUAUCUCCAUUUCCCUCCUACAACACAUUAUUUCGUUUAUCCGGGAGCUUAUGGCAAUGAAUCGACUGGAGCAUCUUAUUCUUGCGCCACUGUCAUUGUCACUUCUCUGAAUCCGACUCAUUUUAUAUCGAAACAACAGUUCCGAGAAACGUUUCUGUCAUUACUCGAUUAUAACGAGAAGCCUUUGAUUAAUCGAGUUGAACAAGUUCCAGUUGGAAGAAGACCAGUAGUGCAAUCUCGAGGAAUAUUGAAAAUACCAAAUUUAGUUAAAAUACCAUCUAUACUAGGACAUUGAAAAAUAAAUAUUUGAUAUCGAGACAACAUAAAA